CUGCUAGACAAAGGUGCCUGUCCGAAUGCUCAGGACCUUUUCGGUCGGACACCUCUGUCCUGGGCGGCAGUUUGUAAUUGUCGAAAUAUCAUCGCUUUCUUUUUAGGGAAGGGGACUGAUCCAGACGCGAGUGACGACUACGGUCGCACCCCGCUAUCCUGGGCUGCUGGUGAAGGUUGUGAAGCAGCGGUAGAGCUUUUGCUGGCUAACGGUGCUGAUCCAAACUUCGGAGAUGCUGCGGGCUGGGAUCCGGUAUCAUGGGCUCGUUACUUCGACCACCAUGGAGUUGUCUCUGUUCUG